GGAGUUUCUCAAAAAGGGCAAGGCUUCAGCUUCUCCGCUCUUCAAAAGCCGCCCGCCUCGUCCCUCGCUCUUUCGCGCUCCACUCUUUUAGAGUCUUCAUCCUUCCGCUCGUUUGCUCCACAAAGACCGCAUUAUUGUACUUUCGACUUUGAUUUCCGUGCCGCGUUUGGGACACCACGUUUGCUUAUCUUGCUUAUCUAUCUAUCCUGCAGCUCUUUCCGAGCCCCGUAUAACUCACAUACCGAGCGUCCCCGAGUCUAUAUUACGCCUGCCUCUCCGCAUUUUUGGCCAUCGCUCAAAGAACACCGAAGUUCGAGAAUUCUGAUUCCAGCGUACUCCUGAAUCAUGGCGUCUCCUGCUGUCACACCUCCUCCGGUUCCUCACAGCGAAUCUCCCCAUCCCAUCACCGUCCUGACCUCCUCCAGAGCGGUGAUAGCGGGCCGUCUCACCGAAGGAACCAUCGUUAUAUCCAACCUGACCGGAAAGAUUACGGCAGUCUUCCACUCCAUACUCCCGGCCACCGACUUCCCGGAUGGAACUCCUUACCGGAACUACUCUCCCCACAUCUUGCUCCCUGGUAUCGUCGAUGCUCACGUGCAUCUCAACGAACCUGGUCGGACCGAGUGGGAAGGAUUCUGGACGGGCACUCGAGCUGCAGCAUUCGGAGGUGUAACGACUGUCGUGGAUAUGCCGCUGAACGCUAUCCCACCAACGACCACAGUCGCCAACCUUCACACCAAGCUUGAGGCUGCCAGGGGCAAGUGCUGGGUCGAUGUGGGUUUCUACGGUGGUGUCAUUCCGGGGAAUGCAGGAGAGCUCAAGGCACUGGUCAAGGAGGGCGUAAGAGGCUUCAAGGGGUUUUUGAUUGAUAGUGGUGUUGAAGAAUUUCCCGCUGUAAAACCGGCGGACAUCGAACUGGCUCUCACAGAGCUCAAGGAUUCGGCGACUACGCUGAUGUUCCAUGCAGAGAUGAUACCUCCCAUCACUGCUUCUGUGGGUGAUGACGUCCAGAGAGAAAACCCGCCCAUGGCCCCAACUGGUCCUCUUACAGCCUACCAAACCUUUCUCGAUUCACGACCGCCGUCAUUUGAGACUUAUGCCAUAGCCGAAAUCCUAUCUCUCGCUCAUCUGGCCCCGGAUCUCCAGCUGCACAUUGUGCACUUGUCCGCAAUCGAAGCCAUCCCUCUCCUCCGCGAGGCCCGCAGCAAGGGCGUCAAGAUCACUGCCGAGACUUGCUUCCACUAUCUUUCGCUCGCGGCCGAGAAGAUCAAAGAGGGCGACACGCGGCACAAAUGCUGCCCGCCUAUCCGCGAGCAGAGCAACCAAGAUGGCUUAUGGGAAGAACUCCUUCAGGAUAGGGCUGACGGUGUGAUCAAGACGGUCGUGUCCGACCACUCACCGUGCACGCCCAACAUCAAACUCUUACCCGCUCACCUCGCGCCCAAGAAGCAGUACAAGCGGAAGACCGGCCACACGGGCGAGUGCGACAGCUGCGAAAGCUCCGAAGGCGAGGAGCAAGGCCCCGAAGAGAAAGGCGACUUCUUCUCCGCCUGGGGUGGCAUCUCCAGCGUGGGUCUCGGCCUGCCCAUCCUCUGGACCGAGGGCACGCGGCGCUACGGCGACGACUUCAGCAUCGAAAACGUCGUCCGGUGGUGCUGCAAGAACACGGCCAAGCAGAUUGGACUGGAGAAGAGCAAGGGCGACCUGGCGAUUGGAUUUGAUGCGGAUAUCGUCGUCUUCGACGAUCAGGCGGAGUUCGUGGUCGAGCCCAGCACGAUGCUGUUCCGCAACAAGGUGUCGCCGUACGAGAACAAGACGCUCAAGGGCGUCGUGCGCGAGACUUGGCUGCGUGGUCAGCGCAUCUUCAGCCGUGAAGAGGGCUUCAGUAAGGUCGGCCCUGUUGGCAAGUUGCUGCUCGAGCCUAGGAAGAUGGGUCACUGAAACCUCUCAUCAUCCUCGUCCUCCCUGGGUACGUGUCAUGGUCGGAUGGUUUCUGCCCUGCUGUCUCCUCAGUUUAUUUUCAUUUUCAUUUUUCAUUGUCUUUUCCUGCUUUCUCCGAGGCGAUUCAGCUUGCACGAUAUCAUUGCAUAGAGGCAUGGGCGUUUUGCGGGGGCCAUCGGGUUCUCAUAUGCAUUCGCAUUUUAGCAACCCUUUCUUUGGUUACGGGCUUCUUCUCAUCAGCGGCACUUUCCAGUAAGCCUUGCGAUUUCUUCUUUCCUUUCCCGCAUGCCGAUCGAGUCUGGGAUGAUAAUAGGUUCGAUUCACAUACCACUCGAAGUAGUGGCAAGAUUUUCGGCGAUGGAUUG